GUGAGAAGUACUAGACGACGAGAGGGAUUCAGCGUGGGGGAGCUAGGCAGUGUGAGAGAAAGGGCCUGAUAGGCGCGGCGAGAGAUAGUUAACGUAACAUAAUUGACAACGAGAGAUUGCUAACUUGACGGAAAUGACCCACAUGAGGUGAUGCCAUCGCUAUCCCUCAAAACACUACCCAAAACAGUAAACUAUAUAACCGUCCCGUUAGAAAAAUACAUAAAUUGCGAUAAGUCUGACAAACAUCUCUGAGAUUUUAAGGAAUGUUUUUAGAAUCAAUGCCGCUGACGACGAACCUCAAUAUGACGGAGUGGAGAGCCGCCCCAGCCUACUCCCAUACACUCUUGGCACAACUACGACAGGAGGUGAACGUCUACACCAAUGACUUCCUGUAUCAGCAUGACGUCCUCACUCACGCCUUGAACUUCCCACCGCCACAUCCAAGAAGAAGAGGAAGGAGGCGGAGACGGCGACAGUUAGGCGGGCCGGACCUGCAGAUGUUACGAGGCGCCUACACCUCCUUCCUGGGGGCGGCGAGGGGCACACCUGUCACGGAAAAUUAUGGUGAUGACAGCGGCGGGGGUGUCGCUGAGGGGCUGCCGGUGGUGCUGGUGCCGCAGAAGGACCCCACCCGCUGCGUCUCCAGCCCGCAUCUCUCCACCUUCGGCUUCCUCGGCUUCGUGCUCAAUGUGGUCAAUGCCGUCAUUAACGUCGCCAAUAACAUCAACAACAACAAUAACAACAACAACAAUAACGACAACAAUAACAACAACAACGACUUGAACAUUAACGAGGUGCAGGUGACGCAGACCGCCACCAACACCAACGAUGUGAGAGCGCAGGCAGCCAGACGACUCGACCACCUCAAGUCCAUGCGCUCCUCCAUCAGCCGCCACCUUCGUAGCCUCAGCCGCCACACACGUAGAAAAAGAGCCUCAGAUUCCUGCGGCACGGAUGUGGUGGACGAGGCGGUGCUGGCGGCGGCGGCACUGCUGGAUAUGUGGGGACGGGGGGUGGUGGAGGAAGAUCCGUGGUGUCUGGCGUGGGAGAUGUGCCAUACCGCUUCUGCCCUCGCCGCCACCUCCCGCCUCGCCGCCGAGGUGGGCCGCGUGGGAACAGCCGCUGCAGCCAAUAUGCUUGUCAGUUUCCAGGGCAUGAAUCCCGAGUUCCUGAUAGAAGCAGCUGAGCGAGGCGCUGAAGGAGGUAAUUGCACAGAACUAUUCAGCUCAUGUUCGGAUUUUGCUGCCACCACCACCACCACCGCUACCACCACCAUCACUUCCACUACCACCACCACCACCACUGUCGCCGCCAACACUUCCCCUCAACUCCACAACAACUAACUUUGGACAAUGAUUUAAUAAACGUCACGUCACACACCGAACUGUUUAUUCGAUCAUCUAAUUCCGCUUCCAUCUGUCCCAACUUUCCCCUUACUAAACACACACACACACACACACUCUCUCUCUCUCUCUCUCUCUCUGAACCCG